ACUAUAAAGAAAGAAAAGGCGAGGGGAACGGAGAGAGAGAAAGAGAGAGCGAGAAAGGAAUCGAAUUUGGAGAAGAGGGGGGGAUUUGUUUGUUCGAUAUUGGGAUCGGCGACGAGGGAGAUGGCGGAGAUGGGGCGGAAACUUGCGGGGAGAUCGGGGGAGAAGUCCAACUUUGCGGUUACUUGCAGUCUUCUGAGGCAGUACAUCAAGGAGAAGGGGAGCAUCGCCGAUCUCGGUCUUGGGAUCGCUCCUCGCCCUCAAGAAACCGCCAAAGGCAACACUGAGACGUUUCGGCCGCCGACCACGAUGAGCUUCUUGCCGGGCGCCGACGUUUCGGCCGGCGACGACGACGUUUCCCGAGGAAACGCCAUGGACCUGUUUCCCCAGCGCGCCGUGUUCGGCGACGAGCCCCGCAAGACAUCGGAUGUCAGGGAACGAGAGAAGGCCCAGUUGACCAUCUUUUAUGGCGGCAAGGUGCUGGUGUUCAACAAUUUUCCGGCCGAGAAGGCCAAGGAUCUGAUGCAGAUAGCAAGCAAGGGGACCUCCAAUGCCCAAAAUUCUGCCCAUGUCCCCUCUUCCACUAAAGCUGCCGCAGCGGUGGAGCACACAAAUGGUCUCUCUAAUGAAACUCCUGUGUCAGCGUCCACCCCUGCUAACCCUUCAGUGAUGGCUCAAGGCCAUGUUCAAAAGCCAGCCCAGCCUAAUGCUUCCAAUCUCCCCAUAGCAAGAAGGGCAUCUCUCCAUCGAUUCCUUGAGAAAAGAAAGGAUCGGAUCCACGCCAACGUACCAUAUCAAGUAAAUGGCUCUUCGGAAAUGGUUGCUCCUGUCAAACAGGAGAGCCAGCCAUGGCUUGGUUUGGGUUCACAGAUCUCAAAAGUCAACCCAAGCUUAAACUCGGAGUCCAGCAGAUAAGAUUUGGCGAUCCAUGAUUGCUUACUGAGCUUAGCCCAAUAUAUGUUCCAUCCUGCUUGCUUAACUAAUAUCAGAUCUUGAAUUCUUGAGAGGGAUCCUGACAGGUGACGCAGCCUACUGCACGGGUCUAACAUUUGUAUUCUGGAGGACAUUAGGGUUUUGGUCUGCUUUUCAUUUUGGAAGAUAUUAUGUUGUUGCCAUCGACGAGUUAGAGUUGAGAAUUCUUCCUUUUGUUAACAGAUGGCAGCUCAUGGCUGCGGUGCAGAUGCAAGAAUGAAAAGAAACACACACACAUAUAUCUAUAUGUAUGUAUGUAUGUAUUCAUGUCUUUCUCUUGGAGACUUUUAUAGAAUGACUUGUUUCGAUCUUUAUAGUUGCCAAUGUUGUUUUUUAUA